AUUAUUUUUGUUUUCCUCAGCCCAGAGCUUGGGUAAGGCUCUUAUUGCUCUCUGCUUUGCCAGUCUGACAUCUCAUUAGAAGGGGUGGACUGUAGCAGGUUCCAACAUGUCGUCGAAGAGAAUGCCAUUCUACCAAAAAAGGCACAAGCAUUUUGACCAGUCCUAUCGCAAUAUUGAGACAAGGUAUUUGCUCCAGGAAUAUUCAGCAAGGAGGGCUGCUUCUAGACAGGCUGCUUCAUAUCAGACGUCUUCCAACCUGGGAAAAACAACAUGUGUCCUCUGUGCAAGGAGGCAGCAAACCGGCGGAGAAUUGGUGUCAGCAUCACAUGAAUCCCAAGCAAGGAGUCAGGAGCAAAAGUCUCAGCACUGGAGUGAGCAGAGGAGGCUGCGUUAUGUCAGGAGUCUGGCCUCCUUGGAAGAAGAGCUUCGCACCGCCAGGCUCCUCGCUAGAGAACAGCUGGAUAAAGUCACCAUAGAGAGGAUGGUACAAGAAAGAAUGGCUUUGGAGAGGUAUUCAAUUGAAGAGAGCAUUAGUCGAGCACCUGAAAUUUUGGUGCGACUCCGAUCUCAUACUGUUUGGGAAAAGAUGUCUGUCAAGCUUUUCUUCACCGUCCAAGGAUUUCCCACUCCUGUUGUACAAUGGUACAAAAAUGAAGAACUGAUUACACCUGCAAGCGAGCCUGGAAAAUACAGGAUUGAAAGCAAAUAUGGAGUACACGUGCUGGAGAUAAACAGAGCUAGUUAUGAUGACACUGCUACCUAUACUGCAGUGGCAACAAAUGUGCACGGACAGGUGUCAACCAACGCUGCUGUCAUUGUGAGACGAUACAGAGGGGAUGAAGAGCCCUACCCUGCUGGAAUUCUCUCUGGUCACUUGCCACUGCCUCUGGACAUAUGCUUCACUCAUUUUGACGUUCAGUUUUUGGAGAAGUUUGGUGUCACGUUUGGUGUGGAGGGGGAAACCCUUACUCUCAGAUGUGGUCUCCUGGUCACACCUGAGCUCACACGUCUCCACCCUCGGGCUGAAUGGUAUAGAGAUGAUGUGCUCAUUAAAGAAUCCAGGUGGACACAACCAUUCUUUGGAGAAGGCCAGGCUGCCCUGUCUUUCAGCCACUUGAACAAAGAUGAUGAAGGCUUGUAUACCUUGCGUAUCGUUUCAAGAGGAGGAAUCAGCGAAUACAGCGCAUUCCUGUUUGUGAGAGAUGCUGAUGCACCAGUCAUUGGGGCACCGGGAGCACCAAUGGAUGUGAAAUGCCACGAUGCUAACAGGGACUAUGUUAUUAUUACCUGGAAACCACCAAACACAACUCACGAAGCUCCAGUUAUUGGAUAUUUUGUAGACAGGUGUGAAGUAGGUACUGAAAACUGGGUUCAGUGCAAUGAUGCUCCUGUAAAAAUCUGCCAGUACCCAGUGACUGGAUUGUUUGAAGGCCGUUCCUACGUGUUCCGUGUGAGGGCUGUCAACCAGGCUGGCAUCAGCAGGCCAUCUAGGAUCUCUGAGGCAGUAGCAGCUCUUGAUCCUCUUGACUUGGAGAGGUUGCAAACUAUUCAUUUGGAUGGAGGCAACGAUAUUGUCAUCUAUCAAGACGACCUUGAAGGCGACGUUAAGAUUCCAGGACCUCCCACCAACGUACACGCUUCAGAAACCAGCAAAACAUAUGUUGUACUCAGCUGGGAUCCACCUGUUCCCCGUGGCAAAGCGCCAUUAUCAUAUUUCAUUGAGAAGUCUGUGGUCGGCAGUGGAACCUGGCAGAGGGUCAAUGCUCAAGUAGCAGUGAGAUCGCCUCGUUAUGCAGUGUUUGAUCUGGCGGAAGGGAAAUCGUACGUGUUCCGAGUUUUGUGUGCAAACAAGUAUGGAAUUAGUGAUCCUUCUGAAAUAACACCUCCUAUUCAAGCUCAAGAGCGCAUUGUUGUUCCAUCUGCCCCGGGACGCAUAGUGGCGACAAGAAACACAAGGACCUCUGUUAUCGUUCAGUGGGACAAACCAAAGCAUGAGGAAGACCUAUUUGGCUAUUACAUUGAUUGCUCUGUGGUGGGAUCAAAUCACUGGGAAGCUUGCAACCACAAGCCUGUCAAGUAUAACAGGUUUACCGUUCACGGUUUGACAACAGGAGAGAAGUACGUCUUCCGCGUGAAAGCUGCAAAUGCAGUAGGGUUGAGCGAAAAUUCUCAGGAGUCUGAGGCUAUAACAGUGCAGGCAGCUCUCACCUGCCCAUCUUAUCCUUAUGGUCUCACUCUCCUCAACUGUGAUGGCCACUCAAUGACCAUUGGCUGGAAACUUCCAAGAUUCAGUGGCGGAUCAAAUAUUCUGGGUUAUUACAUAGACAAACGAGAGGUACACCACCACAACUGGCAUGAAGUCAACUCUUCCCUCGUUAAAGAGAGGAUUUAUACGGUAGAGGAUUUGACAGAAAAUGCAUACUACGAAUUCAAAAUUGCUGCUGCUAAUAUAGCUGGCAUAGGUCAGUCAUCUGACCCCAGUGACCCUUUCAAAUGUGAGGCAUGGACAAUGCCAGAACCUGGCCCUCCAUAUGAUCUUACAUUUUGUGAGAUCAGAGAUACAUCCCUCGUUAUUCUGUGGAAGGCCCCUGUGUACACGGGCAGCAGCCCAGUUACUGGAUAUUUUGUGGACUACAAGGAAGAAGGAGGGGACGAAUGGAUUACAUUCAACGAGAAACCAACAUCUCACCGUUACUUAAAGAUCACAGAACUACAUGAGGGCCAAUGUUAUGUGUUUCGUGUUCGCCCAGUGAACAAUGCCGGGAUAGGCAAGCCAUCAGAUGUUUCUGAAGCUGUGCUGGUUCAAGUUAAACCAGGCACCAAAGAAAUCACUUCGGGUGUGGAUGAAGAAGGCAAUAUUUACCUUGCCUUCGACUGCAAAGAAAUUUCAGAUGCUUCUCAAUUUUCUUGGAGUAAAUUCUACGAAGAAAUAGAUGAUCAUGAAAGGUUUCAGGUUGAAACAGUUGGAGAGCAUUCUAAGCUGUAUUUCAAAAAACCGGACAAAGAAGAUCUGGGUACUUACUCUGUGGCUGUUAGUGAUACGGAGGGAGUCUCCUCCAGUUUUAUUAUGGAUGAGGAAGAGCUUGAACGUCUGAUGACACUAAGUCAUGAAAUCAGGAAUCCAACAAUCCCUCUGAAGUCUGAGUUAGCCUAUGAGGUUUUGGACAGAGGGCAAGUUCGUUUCUGGCUUCAGGCAGAGAGCCUUUCACCUGAUGCCAGCUAUAGAUUUGUGAUCAAUGACACUGAAGUUGCCGACAGUGAUAGCCAUAAAAUUAAAUGUGACCACUCGAAUGGCAUUAUUGAGAUGCUCAUGGAUCGCUUUACUAUUGAAAAUGAAGGUACUUACACUGUACAGAUCCAAGAUGGAAAGGCCAAGAACCAGUCUUCGUUAGUACUUAUCGGAGAUGCAUUUAAGGCUGUAUUGGCUGAGGCAGAGUUCCAGAGAAAGGAGUUCCUGAGGAAACAAGGUCCUCAUUUUCUGGAGUAUUUGUACUGGGAUGUUUCAGAAGAAUGCGAAGUGCUACUGCUCUGUAAGGUGGCCAACACCAAGAAGGAAACCUUCUUCAACUGGUACAAAGAUGGAGCUGGCCUUGAGGUUGAAGAGGCGCCUGACUUGCAAAAAGGAGUGUGCUGCCUGACUAUACCAAGGCUGUCUAAAAAGGAUCAGGGUGAAUAUAAGGCAACACUGUCUGAUGACAGAGGUCAAGAUAUUUCUGCUCUUGAUGUAUCAGGAAAAGUGUAUGAUGAUAUAAUCUUGGGAUUGACUAGAAUCAGUGGUAAAUCGGCUUCUGAGCUGAAGAUCCACUGCACUCCAGAAGGAAUUAGACUGCAGUGCUUCAUGAAAUACUACACAGAGGAAAUGAAAGCAAGUUGGUAUCACAGGGAAUCUAAGAUUUCUUCCAGUGAGAAGAUGAGGAUUGGAGGCACUGAUGAAAUCGCCUGGAUGCAGAUUUGUGAGCCUACAGAGAAAGAUAAAGGGCAAUACACCUUUGAGUUGUUUGAUGGAAAGGAUGCUCAUAAGCGGACCAUUGAUCUCUCUGGGCAAGCAUAUGAUGAUGCCUAUGCAGAAUUCCAGCGACUCAAGGCAGCUGCUUUUGCAGAGAAGAAUCGUGGAAAAGUGAUUGGUGGAUUGCCCGAUGUUGUGACUAUAAUGGAAGGCAAGACCCUGAAUCUGACCUGCACAGUGUUUGGUAAUCCUGAUCCCACAGUGGUCUGGUUCAAGAAUGAGAAAGAGCUUGACCUGAAUGAGCACUAUGUGGUUGCACUGGAUCAAGGAAAGUAUGCCAGCCUAAUAAUCAAGGGAGUGGCCUCAGAGGAUUCGGGAAAGUACAGCAUCAAUGUCAAGAACAAGUACGGUGGUGAGAUGGUGGAUGUCACAAUAAGUGUGUACAAACAUGGUGAAGAGCUGCCUGAAGUCAAGCCUUCGACAGGAAGUGGCAGAGUGAGGCCAAUUCCGCCCGAAGAACUUUAAGAGGCUGGGAAAAGUGGCAAGAAGUAGGUUUGGUGUCUGAAAAACGAAAGGCAGGAAGAAGCUGUAGUUUCUCUGUAGCAUUUCUUACAUAGGUUGACUGGCAAUGUUGAAGAAAGACUUGGUAUUUUUGAAGUGUGUGUGGGGGGGCAAGCUGUGCUAAUCUACUGCCGGGAAACCAUCAGGGAGUUGUGCAGCACCCAAAAAGUUACCAGGUUUUAUGUGACAUAAGGUUUCGUGAGCCAAAGCUCCAACUGAAAAAUGGAAGACAGCUCACCGAAGCUUAUACCAAAUAAAACUUGGUUGUCUUUCAGGUGCCACAAGCCCCCUGUGUUGCUUGUUUACGUGUGCAUCUCAGCCUCUGUUGUCUAAACAUGCCCUCCCCUUACGCAGUUACAUCAUUAUGGAAAGGUAUGUUAUGUGGCUCGCCACAAAAAGGGAGUUAGGGGAGGCUGUUACAGAGGUAUCUGCCCUUUGCUUAUAUUCUGCCCAAGCCACUGUUGUAAAUGUGGGGUGCAAUGUCGCCAGCUGUAACUGCGGCAUGCAUCAAGCACUGCGCAAAUGGGCAACUGCUUACUGCAACACAAUAAUUCUGUCCCCCUCCCCUGCACAUCUCUCUACAUACUGCAUAAACCGCAGGCUCUGGAGAGUACUCCCAGUGUAGGACUGUAAAGUUAAAGGUGAGGUUGCUCCUUCCAUCAGCAGAUCCAGCUGCUGGAUCUUGACAUGUAACAGUUUAGUUGCAUAUAAGAAGCCUUUCUUCUGAGCUAAACCUCACUGAACUCAAAUUGGCCGCAGUGAUGUAAAUGCAUGCAAGGCUGCAGCCUCAAAUAAAUCAGAUGAGUUGAAAAAUGACCUUCUAAGAUAUCCUUUGCAGCAUUGCCAUUUUGUAGAGCAAGCUGAUCUUUAGUAGCAUUUUACAAUCACUGUGGACUCAUUUAAACCUCUGGUUCUGCAGUUGUUUGUUUGUUUCCUCCUGCUUUGUGCUCAUAAUAAAAACGUAUAAAGUCA